AUGAGUCAUGGAAGAAUCAUCAAUAUAGCGUCAGUUGUUGGUCUCAUUGGUAAUAUUGGCCAAGCAAACUACGCUGCUGCAAACCCCGUGUGUCAAGAUUGUAUUACCCAACUCUCUCCUUAUAGUACAAGAGAUUCCGCUCUCUUGUUGCUUUUCAACGGAGCUUUACCAGACUCGAACCCUCUUAGGGAGAGUUGUCUCCACGUGUUAUUGUUCUAUCAAGACUCUAACCCACGACAACGUUGGUUGACUCUCUGUCGGAGCUCCGAAAAGAUUUUGCUCCCCAUUUCAUCUUUUAAUUUUCCAUCUCCCAAUGGGUCUGAGGUGGCAGUGGUUGGUCCUAAUAUAUACGUCUAG